AUGCAAAGGUACUUCGAUGCAAUUGUCUUCAAUGUCCAAGACGUCAGCAGACAAUCUAGUGAUUUACCAGAAGUGAGAAGUAUAGUUCAGAAGUACAUAUUUGCGGCGAACGAUUCUUCUGACAAUUAUCCUGUGUGUAGUCCUGUUUAUGACUAUUACUUCAACUGGACCUGGACUUAUAAGCGUGACUCCUCCAUCCCCUAUAAAUUCAUCAGCGUCUACAACAUCCACAAUGAAGAACUUGGCAAUAAUAUUCUUUGGGACAAUUUUGAAACGGUACCAGUUUCCAAGCAGUUCAAAAGUUCUUUAAGUUCAAAAUCUGCUGCCGCUGCUAUUUAUCUUGACAAAUGUAUUACUUCUGGCAAGAGAGAAAUAUUUUUAAAGAAUUUGAAGAUUUGUCUAGCGACGUAUAAUCUUACUCUCGAUGUAUUUGGUCCUUGUGGUACCAUGAAGUGUGGAAGGACCUCGUUGAAGUCUUGUUACUAUAGAAUAAGAACGACCUACUACUUCUAUCUGGCUCUAGAAGAUUCAAUAGCAGAUGACUAUAUCACCAAAACUGUUCUGUUCGGUUAUAACAAUCUUGCUGUGCCCGUUGUACUGGGAGGAGCUGAAUACAACAGGUUUCUACCCCCAUACUCCUAUAUAGAUGCAAAGCUGUUAGGAGAAGAGCUCACAGCAAAACUGAUGUACGAAGCGAUUCAAAAUAAGACAAAGUACUAUGAAUUCUUCAACUGGAGAAACCACUACAUCAUUAAGGAGUCCAAUGUCCUCGAUGCAUGCAGCCUCUGUCAGUUUCUCAACAAUGAAGGCUGGUUGAAGACCGGCACGGUUUAUACUACGUUUAGAAAUUGGUGGAACCCAUUCUAUAUUGAGCGUUGUCACCGUUUCGGAUUGACAGCGAAAUUCCAAUUUUGA